GGUCCAUUCAUCUCUUUGCAACUGUAUAAGUUCCUCAGUUCCUGCUGCUUGUAGAAACAGAAAAAAAAAGAAUGCCCGGCGUUCGAGACCAGUUACCUCUUCGAAUUUUCUUCAUGUAAUGUGACACCAACAAAUAUGUACGAAGCACAGUCUCCACCUUUGUGGAUUAGAACCCCAACAGUGCCGCAAGCUUGCCUGGUUUGACCAUGUGACCCCGCAUGACUGUCUAGAUUGUCCUUCAAGAAAUCAAUGAAUUAUGAUCUUAUUCGUUUUGAUGAGCAUUUUAAAACGAUGACAGGAAAUGGGGCUUUGGUGAACAUUAUUAAUACUGAUCCCGAUGUGAACAAAUUCCUGAGAUAAACACGAUUCAUGGGAAAUAACUGGGAGUUCAUAAAAAUUAUCUUUCCUAGUUCAGUCCCCUAGAUUGUGUUUUUCGCAUAAACAUAACAUGGCUGCUGCACAGAAGUGGGUGCCUCCUCUUCCACCCGGAUGGGAAGCUCGAUGGGAUCCCAGCCAGCGGAAAUAUUAUUUCAUUGAUCACUCUACCAAGCAGACCACCUGGGAAGAUCCACGCUGGUCUAGAAAACAGCCGCUGUCCUCCAAAGCUGCUAAUGCUUCGAAGUCAGGUGGUCAGAAAGAGACCAUUCCGCUGCAAGACAUUUGUAAUACUUCAGGUUCAUCUCAGCGCUCACCUAAACACUCGACAAAGGAAACAACCUUUUCACCUGAUGCUGUUCUGACACGCCUCCAUGAGAGAUUCCCAGGAUUAAGUUUGUCUGUCAUCAAGGACAUUCUUGUUAUGUGUGAAAAUGAUGAAGCCCAGGCAGUUGAUCUACUAAAGAGUUUUGAGUCUUCUGAUGAAACUUCAGAAGCACCACCACAUGCUGCAUCAAAGGGUGCAUCAUCCUCUAGGCCCAGUUCACACAGCACUAGCCAUACAAGAACUUCAUCUGCAUCCAAGAAGAAUGCAUCCCAUGUUCUUCAGCCUGAAGAUGCAGCUUCUUCAAAAGCCACUUCUCCAAGACGGCAACCCGCAAAAGAAGCAACUCCUAAACUCAGCCAUGCAGAAAAGGCAAAAUUAAGACAACAGAUUCAAACUGAGUUCAAAGACUUAGAACAGGAUGUAAUUGUUCUGGCCCUGGAAUCUUGUCAUUAUGAUGCCAACAAAGUGCGCCCCAUCCUUAGCCGAACUACUGCCAAGUGGAAGUCACAGGCCAGUACCACCCAGGCCAGCAAAGGUCCAUCAUUGCAAAACACUUCAACAAGUGUGGCUUCAGCUGUGGCCCCUGUCAGCAUCUCCCUGGAGCCUGUUGUGUUUGGUGAAGCCUCUGGCACAGAAAAUGCUACAGCAGCCUCCACAACUCUCAACCCAAGUGCCAGAUCAGGAGCCUCAGCAGCCAGACCUGGAGUCACCUCCACAGCACAGCUGCAACACUCAACAUCCAAACUUCCCCAGCACCAUCAGCAGCAGCAGCAUACUGCCAAGCAGGUGACCAGGAUGAGCGAGCAGUUGCUGACCACCACAAGUAACAUGCUCAACCAUCUGGCCUCUUCGUCCUCCAUGUCCUGUUGCCCUAGCCAGUCCGAGCCUGAUGCUCCUGUCUCUGUUGUCAGGCCUAUUCCUGCCAAGGUAGAUAGCUUAGAUCGGCCACCGGUUGUCACCAGUCAACCCCAGGCACAACAAGCUGGCCACACAGGCAAGAUGGAGUGUACUGUAAGGCACGGGCCCAAUACUUCACUAAGAUGCGGCCCCAACCCAUCAUUGUGUGCUGGUCCAAACCCAUCUCUGCUACAGAAUCUUCCAGCAUCCAGCAAUGGCCCAAAUCCUGCUCACUGUCAUGGCAGGGAAGCUGGUCUUGCUCGGGGAUCGUCUGGUGCAGUGGGUCCUAAUCCACUACUGCGUUGUUCUAUCCAGCACCACCAAACCAUAGGAAGUCUGAAACAAUCCCUGCAAACCCGCCUCUAGAACUUACAUCUACACAAAAUGCACUGGCCUGUGCACAGAUACAAGGGAAAUGUGCAACCAUCUGACACAAUUUCUCAGACUAACAAUGUUGCCUGUCGAGUGAUAUUCUAAUUCUACUAUGAUGGCAGAUUUUAUUGCCAUAGCGAUAUUGUCAUUUCCUCAAUGUGUAUUCUGCAAUUAGCGCACAUAAAAAUAUUGUGCAUGUAUUUUUUUUAGAUUUUUGCAGCUUCAUAACUUUUAUAAUUCAACCAGUCAUUGUCAUUGUGUCUUGCAUAAGAUUUUGUGUAACAUAUUCUCAGUAAUGUACAUAGAGUUUCCUAGAUAGAUCUCGUGUAACAAAUUUAUAAAGAAUUCAGCUUUUGUCAUUGCUGCUGUCGUAUUUCUCACCAUCUUAACUGGUAUUAAAUGUCCAUGGAUGUAAAUGUAAUUGCUGAGAUAAAAUGUACCCAUCUUGAUCCAGUGCUUCUGAAAUAAUUAUACUUAGUCUUGACAUAGUGCUUAUGGAGCGACGGUAGUUUGAAAAUAGCGUUCUAAAAAUGAUUUAGUUGAAUGUUUUCCAAUAAAUGAUGUAACCCAUUUCAAAUACCAAUUGGUGGGAUGUACAUUGUAAAAAAAAAAUAUUUCCCUCAUCAUACAGAUGCUUACAUUUGCUAGCAGUAUAUGGAAAAUGCAAUCUUUGUCACCUUGAGAAGCUAUAUCUGGAGACUAGUAAGUUAUAUUUACGCACGACAUAUUGUUUGCUGUCAUUAUGCUCAACUAUAAACGAUAGAUGAUUAGACUGGAGAGGUUCUGCAGUAGCUUUUUCUCUUUUGGUCCUACUACCUCUGUCUCUCCAUAAAGCGGAGACAUGGCAUUCUUUGCGGUUUGAAUUUAAAAUCUCUUUCAGAAACACCUAGUGCAAUAUUAUGGUUUACCCUGACUUUUCCUUGUUCAAUCAAACUUCCUUAAGACCUUUUUUAUCCAAAAAUAUUUCAUGGAUGUAUUUUGCUGUAUAUAUAAUUGCAGUGUAUUAUGACAACCUCCCCAAACAACAAUCAACAGACAGUUUGUGCUCUAUUAAAAUUUUUUUGCAGAAGUAGCUUGUUGAAAAUAUUUUUUAAAUAACUACCUCUGGCUGACUGCUUGCCUGAUAUUACAAUAUUCUGCAGAAAUCUUAUAAAAUAAAUUAAGCACAUUUUGAAAGAGACUGGUUCACAAUUACCGAUCCCAAUAAACAAGCAAACAACUAUAUCACUCCAGUCAAAUCAACCACCUGCCUGAGUUAAAUUGACCCCACCACAACCAUACUAUCCCACAUAAUGACUAAUUGUCCCAGCACUAAAAUUCAAAUUGAUCUAGGCGCAAAAAGACAAACCAGGGUCUGAUGACAGUAGCUGUUAAUGUCAUUUACCAAUAACGGCAUGCGUUGUUCAAACAAGUUCAGUCUCCAUCUUACUAAAUAAAAAUGGCCACUUUACACAAUGCAUACUCGGAGAGCAAAUCACACAAUGAUGCAUAACACAAUUUUCUCUUAAAUCAAAUUUUUAAAAGUCUAUCAUUCUUUUGUUUGGAUGUGCUUGUUAAAUAUGCAUAUUAAAUAUGAAACAAGUGUUACUGCUCGGGCAUUCAUUUAGCCUGGGCCAAUUUGACUUUUUGCGUUGGGACAAUGAUUUUGUCACAGGUGGAAUGGCAUGAUCAUGGCAGGGUCAAUUCUCCUUUAAAUCUUCAGUCAAGUACAACAACGGCAGAAUUAGUAUGACCAAGCAAAAGCAAACAUGAUAAUGAAAAACAUUAUAUAGAUUUUAAAGUGCUUUAUUUCAAAAUUAAAAUGCAGAAACUUGUA